AAUAUGUCGGCGGCUGUGCCGUGUAGUGUAGCGGCGGUGGCGAGUGGCGAGUGCGCGUCAGUGUAGUCGUCUGUAGUGGCAGUGGCAGAGUGAUCAUUGUAGAGACGAGACAGUGCGCGAUGCGGUACGUGAUCGUGAUCAGUGGCAGUGGUGUAGUACGUGCGUAAUGUAGACACAACAACAAUGUCCACCAGCAACAGCAACAUCGUGGUGGAGUGGCUACGGUCGCUACACCUGGGCCAGUACGCCGAGUCGUUCCUGGACAACGGCUACGACGACCUGGAGAUAUGUAAACAAGUGGGAGACCCCGACCUGGACGCGAUCGGAGUGUUCAACCCUUCACACAGGAACCGACUAUUGCAAUCCGUGAGGACCUUGCGGGAGGAAGGGGCGGCGUCCGUUUACUUCACUCUGGAGGAGUCGGCGGCCAUCCAGGAAGAGUGCCAGUGCGACAGUGCGAGUGCCAGGUCGUCCAGAGCGUCCUCGGGGAGAGUGUCGGACAAGGAGGUGCUGGGUAGGAGUCCUGCGGGAUCCUCCAGUGCCGGGAGUGCCCAGGAACUGACCAGGUACCUGGACGAGUACGAGGAAGGCAAGGCAGAGUUGAUCCGCAUACCGAGACUCCAGCUGAAACUGCUGCUCAAGGAGAAGCUGACGCAGGACGGCAUCAGACUCAGCAACCAACCUUACUCUACUUCGGAGGGCCAGAGAGGGUACUUGGAGGGACUGGCCUCUAGGUACGCCGAUCUCUUCAACACGCACUACCGGGACGUCCUGGACCACUUGGAGGAGUUGAGGAAGCGGGAGUGGGCGGAACUUUCACCCAGGAUACGAGUCCUGGGCACUCCUUCUACCCCUCCAGGUCCUGCUCCCUCUACUCCUCUCACACGAGUACCUCUGACCACCUCCCACUCGCAGCCCAUCUACGUGCCUGGAAAAUACUCGCCGUCGAGCUGCCUGAGUGACAAGGAGGAGGACGAGAUAUACGGGUUCGCCGGCUACGGUGUCUACGGUAAACAAAUGCUGCAGAGACAACAACAACAAGCAAAACUAGUCAUCACCCCUAGACAGAACUACCAAAACUGUUUGAGUCCAAGAUCAGCUUACUUCUAUGAGUUUCCUCCAAAUGAGCGACCUGGUAAGAAGAGAACAAGUUUCACGAGGUUUUUGAGGCAUUUGACGACGCACAGGAAAGACAAGUCUUCUUCGCCCAGGCAACAACAGCAGCACAUGACUAUGAGCAGGGGAGGAACCCCUGACAACCUCGACACACCCCCUACCCUCCUGCCCCCCAUGGACUAUGAUCGGCUCAGGUAUCUGCCAAAGAACCAGAACUCUCCAAACACCUUUGAGGAGACAAUACACAGGCUAAAAAUUCAAGAAGCUCUGAAAAAGAAAGAACGCUUUGACAGAGAACAUGAAGAGAUCUUGAGGGAUAUCCGACAAGGACUGCUGCAGCUGGGACGUCAGCGCAACCGCUCCAGUGAUGACACGUACAUGUACGAUGACGAGAUGCAGAGGCUCGGCCAGCACUGGUACGACGAACCUCCUUACGAGAGCGACCCAGAGGACUUCUUGAUGGCCGACACUGCUAACAACAGCAGGGUGUGUUUUACACUGAACGUGCGCACUGACGGCCGCAGUUCUGGCGAGAGUGCUGUGAUUUCCCUCCGUAGCGCAGGAGACAUCUCCCUUCCUCACCACCAGAGAGGGUUGUUGCUACCCCAGUCUGGUCCAUACCCUCCCACGCUCAUCCCGCUCACACAUGCACGAAACCAUAGAGAGAGUGGAGAUUAUGCUGCCUCCGACGUCCAGAGCAUUUGUUCAAGGCUCUCCUCUCUAUCCAUGGAAACAAGUCGAUCAGAAACCACUGAUCCCUACCAGAGGUUACGAUCAUACAAUGGAGUAGAGUCUGCCAUUUCUCCCGGCCACAGCUCUGACUACGCUGAACAAGAUGAGUUAGUCACUGUGCAUUCUUCUUGUGGGAACAGCUCCAUGGCCCACAGAGUGAGAGGGUUGAAGGGUGACAACACCACAGGCAAGGUAAUAUCCUCCCGACACCCUCACCAUCAUCACCACCAUCACAACCACAACCACCAUCACCACAGGCACCACAAGGAGAGGUCUCCCGAGGUGGCCCACCACAGCUCAGCUGAGAGUCUGCCCAGCGGAUCCAGUACACAAGCCCUGGUACCUCCCUCGUCCAACCCAAGUUCUGAGGAGUCCCACAGUCCGUCUGACAAGUUAACUGUCAUCGCCAGAGCAAGAGCCCUUGUAGAUUACACACCAAGUCCUUAUGACAAAGAUGUUCUCAAGUUUAAGAAAGGAGAUACGAUUGAGGUUUUAUCAAUGAACGCCAGUGGGCUAUGGCGGGGGCGAGCUCACGGCAGAGUUGGUAACUUCAAGUUCAUCAAUGUAGAGCUGCUCACAGAGUCUUCACUGAGACCACGGCCUUGCAGACACAGACCCCAGACAUUGGAGCAAAUGUUAAGAACCAUACAUAUGGAGGAUCACAUGUCUCUGUUUGUUCUCAAUGGAUAUGAAGACUUGGAUGCUUUCUGUGAGAUCAAGGAGGCAGACUUAGAUUAUUUGAACAUCCAUGACCUACAACAGCGAGCUAAGAUACUAGCAGCUGUACAAGUACUUAAUGAAUAUGAAUCUCCAGACGAAUGUGGAAGCAGUGCAGACGAGGGACAAAAUUCCCAGUGCGGAACUGAAAAUGAAACCCAAGCAAACAACCUUGGUGUAAGUGAAAACACCACAACAGCUACAAUCAACUGUAAGGAAGCUGCUCAAGUAAUGCAGCAGACCUACCUACCAAACAUCCCUCUGCGGUCCAGCCACACCCUGGAAAUGGACGUGUUUAGUGAGAAGACAGCUGGAGACACGGUGGUGGAGAAAGUAGGAGUCGUCAAGUACAUCGGGCAAGACCUGAGCUGUGAAAGCGGCAACCCUCAGAACCGCAACUGCUCAACACUGAGCGAGAAGUCUAGUGACUCAGGGGUAAGUUCUAGCUCCCUGUCGUCAUCCAAUCACAACGCGACUAGAAACAAGCAACGUAGGAGUGGGAGCAAGGCAACGCUCAUAGAGAGUCCGACACGUAGCUACGUCGGCCAUUAUAUCUCUGACAGGAAGGAUUGAUCUUCUUUCAUCAUCUGUCUGUUGAGGAAAAUAUACAAAGACUUGUGGGAGACUAGACGAAUUAGAAGCUUGAAAAGGCAUUUGUUCUAGUUUAACCAAAUUAUAUUAACUUGUCUUGUAGUAUAAUUCAAAUUAGUAAAUAAAAAAAAAACAUGUAUAUUUUAAAACAUAACAUAUUUAAAUCUAAAAUAACUUAACAAAUUGGCAUAAAAUGUAUUUGCCAUCACAUUCGAGUCCAUAUUGAUUUAUUAAAAUAAAGUAUUGACUAAUCCAGUCACCAUUAAACAUUCAAUAAGAUUUUGAAUGAAAAGCAAAUUUAUGAUAUACCGUAAUUAGUUAGAUUUAAUUAGUUAACUUUAUUUACACUCCCGUUUGGCAUUUUUGUCUGAUUAUUAUAACUCGUGUAUUUGUCUUUUAAUUUUCCUUUUUUUAAUUUUCGGUCAUCUGUUUUGUCCACAGAUGAUUUUUCAAGUAAACGAGAAAGCGUCCAUUCCAGUCGGAAAAACAUAACACCGGUUGGUGAAGAGGUUUACCCAACAACUUUCUUCACCCUCUGACUGACUGCGGUGUCAAAUACAACAAAGCCAAUUGAAAUCUAUAUUUUGAUAUCAAAGUGAAUAAUUUAAUUAAUUUUUACUUGGGGAUAUAUAGUUCAAUGUCAAAUGUCAAACCUGAUUACAUCAUAUCAACCAAAAAUGCUAUAUUGUGCAUAACCUUAAAAUAUGUGCAUUGAAUUUGUAUUUCUUUUCUUUACUCUUUAUUGAUGUUUUGUCCCUUUUAUGAACCGUAUUCUGAUUUCAGAAUUUCUGUACUAUUUCACUUAAUUAAUUGUAUUUGAAUAAUCAAUAUUAAAAAUGUUUAACCAAAUCAUUAGUAACAGAUGAAUAACAUAUUUUGAUUCACUAUCCCACCAGUUAUCCAAUAGUUUAUAAAGUAGGGCCUUGACUUUAUUUUGUAUUUUUGUAAUAUUUAAAACUUAUUAAAAACGGUUACUUUAAAAAGAAAAUGCGUUCUAAAAUCUUGCAAUCAAAAAAUUUACAUAGUAAAAUAUUCAAAUUGAACAAUCUUUGUUCAAUUUCUUCAACUACAGUUACACAAAGUGACAAACCAACACCCAAACUAUAUAACUUCCUGAUCCCUAUAAGACAAGUCUUUCAUAUUUUGAGUUUGUCCAAAUUUGGACUUUAUUCUGUAUUUAGCAUUAUAAAUGUAAAUUUAUAUAGUGUAGAUUUAUUUUAGAUAAUGUAUACCAAAGUGAUCCAAGAAUAUGUAAAUUAUUUAUGAUAAAGUAUUACUAUUUAUUGCAGUGUUUAAUCCUUUUACAACAGUUUUUAAGCAUUGUACUGUUUUACAGUGUUCCAAACCAAAGUAGUGAUAUAUUAAUUUGUAAAUAUUAAAGGUGUAGUUAAAAUUUUAAUUUUAUUAAGUAGUCUAAUGAUAAUAUUGUGUAUAGAGAGAAAUAAAUAUUUGAUUUGUUAUUGAUUUAGGUGUAACCUUAGAAAAGGUAAUGGAUCUACUUUGAAAGAAAGAUUUUGUUUUUCCCUGUACAAAUAUUUUCUACGUAUAAAUUAAGUACUCAUAAAAAUCAUCUUUUUGCUUUCUGUUUCUGAAACUAUCAUUCAAUAUACGUUCAUGACCUAUAUGAACAGUAAGCUAAAGAGAACUUCUUAUAACUGCCAUGAUUAACCUAUAAGACAACAACUGAAAUAGUAUCAUAGUUCCUAGUAAUAUUCCAAUUUCUGCUAUUGACGCCCUUGUACAAUAGUCUAGGUUUUUCUUAAUACAUUUUGUAAUAUUUUUUUAUACAAACAAUAUGUUUACAAUGAUAUGUUACUAGUUCUUAAAAUAAAUCGUGUUUGAUAUUAUUAUUUAAUUGACCUUUACAUAGUAUUUUUGAAGCACUGUUUUAGAAUAUAUUUACAUGCAUGUAUACUUAAGGCCUAGAAUUUAUUUAUUAAGAAACAAUUUCUAAAGUUUUUAAACAUAACUAAAGGAUUAUAAUUUAAAAGCAUUUUUGACACUAUGAAGCAGCCUAUUACAACUUUUAAUAAUUGCAUUUAUGUUUUAUAACAAACCUGAAUAAUUAUUUUAGCAAGUAAAUAGGGGAUGUACACCCAUACAAAUUACGUACAUGCUAUGUCUCAAUCAGCAAUUCGAUGUAAGUUAAAAAUUUAUUUUACCCCUUAGAGAAAAAGUUGAAAGUCAUCGAAAGUAUCCUUAAAACUGAAAUUAAAAUGUAUUAGAAAAACUUAUUUAAGUAAUGUAGUAUCCUUAUUAUUUAGGACAAUCAUUUAUACGAAUAUUCGGUACAAUGUUUUGGUAGUUGAAAUUAAUGUAAAUGUAGUUAAAUGUAAGUAUUAGUUUAAUUGUAAUUAUUUUGAGCUGUGACAUAUGUGUACAUGUAAAAUAAGAUUUAAAUAUAAAGAGGGUUAUUAUAUUUUGGUGAAAAGUCUAUCAAGAUUUCAUGUUAAGAGAGUGAUAAGUUGUAAAAGCAAUCGUAUUGUGGUUACCAAAAUUUCAGUGGGUGAAAUUCUGCCAAUUAGCACAUGCAUGUUAUAUAUGUUGGCUUGUGCAAAGGUUUUAAGUGUAUGUUACUUUUUAACUUGAAUUAGUUGAAGUUCGCAUUUAAUUUUUUCUUUUAAGUAUUUAUCCAUUAAAGUGACAUUUAUUUUUGUUAAAGUUUGUUAGACAUUAGUAGACAAUUGUAAAGACAAUUUUGUAAAAUCCCUGUAC